UGUUCGUUCUACAGGUUAUUACGGCUGUGUGGCAUUGGUAUACAGGCGCAAAGUUCAUCGCUGCGUCGAUAAUCGAUAACGAGUUUAUUACAUAAUAUGAUUACAUGAAACAAGAAGCAUUAUAAAAACCAAAUACCACCCAACUUUGAAAAGCUAAUACUUGACGAAAUAAUAAGUGUUUAAUGAUAAAAGAAUCUUCCUGUUUACAUAUAAGCUACAUACCUAUAACGGCUAUAACUAACGAAAGUGACUGGACAUACGGAACCUAUAAAGACAUUGAUCGCCAACCAUACCGAAUUGUCAUCGAACACACACCCGACGACACCCAAAUACAACAGCAUGAAGUCCGUUAUCGUCGCAGCGUUGUUCGUAGUGGCUGUGACUGUUGUCGGCGCUUCGUCGGUGCGCGUAAAGAAGGACGUCGGAUCGAAGAACGCCGGGCAAUGCGUGUACGCGGACGUGUCGAAAACCGGUAAGAAGACGAUCGUCUGCGGCGACCCGGCGCCGCCCACGUUGGCCUCCGUCUUGGCCAGUCAACUGCAGAGACAAGCCACAGUCCCAGAAGCUCGAAUCCCGUCGGAAAAAUGUCUUGACCUGCUGCACAAGCCCAAGCCCUCACCCGUGGCCGUGUACGUGCAACCGCAGCAACACGAACAGCCGCACUACGAACAGUUUCACGUGAUGCACCAUCAGGUGCCCCAGGUGCAGUACGUGCAGCAGCCGCAACCGCUGGUGCACUACCAGCCGACGGUCGUUUACCAGAAACCGGUGGCGCACGUGCAACCCUAUAGUUCUCCGUGUUCGCAGUACGGCGGUUACUCGGGCGGCGGCGGUUACUUGGGCGGUGGCGGUUACUUGGGCGGCGGCGGUUACUCGGGUGGAGGUGGUUACUUGGGCGGCGGUGGUUACCGCACGGCCGACGGUGCAUAUCCCAUGGCAGUACUGUCGAGGGCGGUGGGCGAAGCCGACGAAAUUGCGGGUGCCGACGACGUGUACGAAGACGAAAACGCGGCACCGAUGACGCAAAACUACUUGGAACCGAUACCGUACGAAGGCAAUGCGGCAAUGGCCCGCAAAGGGUUCGGUGGUAGUCGCCCGAGAACGGUGGCGAUGCGACCCAUGUUCGUGCCGGCAAUGCUGAGGUCAGCAGAUCCGUACGCAUACGAAGACGGUGCCGGACCGGAAUGGCAACCACAACAGCGGUUCGUGUCGGAACCGGAACUUCAGUUCCCAGGCCAGUUCUCGCCGCAACCGAUGGUAGGCCGGUUUCCGAGCGCCGAGAGAUCUAUGGCGUCGGCAGUUGCGGAGGGUCCGUUUGACAGGCGGCAGUUAGCGUACAGUGGUUACGUGCCCGUCCGGCCUGAGACUAUUAUUUCCACUAUGACGGAUCGGUACAACUACGGCGGGUAUUCAAGGACAGCCGGGCAAGCUGAACAAGAGCAGCAACUGCAACAACUACAGCAACUGCAACAACAACAACAACAGCAACAACAGCAGCAACAACAACAACAACUGCAACAACAGCAACAGCCACCAUUACAACCCCAGCAAGUGACCGGGGCAGAGGUCGACGGGGCGCUGACGGCAGCACCCGCAAAGACCGACCCAAAAGAUUUGAAACUUGCCGAUCGCAAGAAAAACGUGAAAAACUAAACUCCUCGACGGUUAGUCUACAGUUAAUAAUAUUAUAAAAUUGUUUUUCGUGUUAAUAUUUUCUACCCGACGGAAGUCGUACACAGUAUUAUAUCGUGUUCGAUUAGACGUCAGACGUUUGACCGACAGCGGCCAUGACAUUUUUACGAUUUACAUUAUGCUAUGUAAUUCUAACAUUAUUUUUUUCUAUUGUACGCGGAGUUUCAAUACUGUAACCAUGAUGUAGACCAAUUAAAAGAACGUUUCGUGAAAAAAAACAACCAUAAUUAUUAUCAUCGAUGAUUUGUUGAUUUAUUAUUAUAAUAAUUAUUUAUCUAUUAACAUUAAA